AUGGAGAAACAGAGCAAGGCGAAGAACAGCAACCAUCACAACGUAAUCAAGUUCCUCAAAGCAGCUUCUUCGAUCAACUUCAACAACCCACCUUUCAGCCCGACCCGAGACCAUCAGCCCUUCUCCGACCACAAGGUACCAAACUACCAGGGGAAUUACAGAGGAUUCUCCGGCCCAAUUUUCCUGCCGAGGGUUCCCCGAGAAGUGCGCGGGCGGUUCAAGUCCGGUGAGGCGGCGGAGGAGCCGACGUCGCCGAAGAUCUCCUGCAUCGGGCAAAUCAAGCACAAGAAGUGCGGCGGUAAAAAGACCACCGGGGUCAUUCCCAAGCCGGCAGCAAAAGAGAAGAAACAGAGCAAGAAGUCUGCGGCGGCGAAGGAGCAGAAGAACCCGAAGCCGCAACAAGCCGGGUCGCCCGGGAUCUGGAAGAUAUUCGGAUCCGGGUCGUUUAAAUUGGGCCCGUCGUCGGCUCCGGGGAGGAAGAGGAGAUCGAACAGUAGUUCCGCCGCCGAUAAUUUAUUUGUCUCCGACGAACUGGGCGAAGAAUCGGGGCAGCCGCUGACGGACAGGGCGCCGUGUUUGAGCCAGAUGAGGCGGUUUGCGAGCGGGCAUCGGGAUGGGUUUGGGGAUUUUGAUUGGACGGCUCGGAUUGCGCCAGAUCAUGAUCAAUUUGGCCGGGAGUACGAUUCCGACGGCGACGAAGGCGGGUACAGCGACGAUGAGAUGGGCGCGGAGGAGACGAUGAUUCCCUUCUCGGCGCCGAUUCGGGUCGUUUCGGCUGCUGACGUGGAAGGAAUGAGGCUAAGGCCCCGGAAAGAAGUGAACCUGUGGAAGAGGCGGACCAUGGAGCCGCCCCGCCCGCUCCAGUUGGUCGGGUCGGGUUCUAUUCAUUAG